UUAGUUAGCCUGUGCGUCUCAGAGGGCUCUGGUUGCGAUACGUGGCUUCCAUCAGUAGGAGUUCAUCAGCUGUCACAAUUUUCGCAAUGAAUCCUGAUUUCGAAGGUCGGGAUUUAUGAGGACUGCCAGGCACUGCUGCUAUCCUUACAUGCGUGAUUGUUGCCUAACAUGUGAUACGAGAUGGCCGAACUGGACCGUAGCCUGACAGCGAUCGACUGGCUGCCUUGCCUCAACGCUCAGCGAGCCGCGGCUCCGGACGCGAUAGCGCCCAACAACGCCAUCAAAGACGCAGCCUCCUCCUCACCUACCAGGGCCAAAGAUGGAAAACCUCCUUACAGUUACGCGAGUUUGAUUCGGCUUGCGAUCGGCAAUGCACCAAAACAGAAAAUGACUUUGUCUGAGAUCUAUCAGUUCAUCAUCGACCAUUUCCCCUACUACAGAGAGGCAGGAACUGGUUGGAAAAAUUCGAUAAGGCAUAAUUUGUCUUUGAACAAAUGCUUCACCAAAGUUCCUCGUUCUAAGGACGACCCCGGCAAGGGUAGUUAUUGGGCGAUCGAUUACAAUUACAGCCAAGACGAUGGCUUUUCCAAGAAGAAAAAGAACUCCCAGCUAAUGAGAACGAAUUCAGAUGGCAAACCCAAGGAGCGGCGCCAAAAAAGGGCAAAAGCAUCGCCGUACAGUCCCGAGUGCAGCAGCAACAGCAGCGACUUCAGCCAGCAGCAGCUGAAGGCAGGCCUGCCGCUAGAGCCGCUGAAGAGCGAGUGGGGUCCGCCGCAGCCGCCCCCGCCGCCGCACCAGUGGCCACCCCCGCCGGACGCGGCCGCCGCGCCGAUGAUGCCGAUGAACGGAUGGCGCGGCGGCGAGUGCGGUCCGCGGGUGCCGCUGGGCCCGCCGUGCCCCCUGCCGCCCCAGCAGCAGCAGCACUACCCGCAGGAGGAGCUGGGGGGGCCGCGGCCCCCGAUGGGCUCGGACCAGGCGGCCGCCUACAGCCUCGGCGUGUCGGACCCGAGCGAGCUCUCGGCCGUCAUCACCGGCAUGCUGACCCAGUUCGGCGUGCACCCCGCCGCCCCCGGGGGCGGCGCCGGCGGCGAGCUGCCCGACGUGGUGCCCACGCACCCCCAGCACUACCCCCAACAGCAGCAGCAGCAGCUCGACUGCCACUUAAAACAGGAGUACUACGAGUACGCGCCCGCGCACCACCACCAGCAGCACCAACAGCAGCAACAACACGCGCGGGUCGUGCACCACGAGGCGGCCGGCCCUUACGACAGGCAGCACGAGGACGCCUUCAACUGGGACAAGCUCAUCUAGACCCCCACGCGUCAGCCCCACGCCCCCUCGGAGUAGCACGCUAGCGGUAGCAGCGGCCCUUCCCGAAUAACACCCGUUUCGUGUUCUGGCGUCCCCAACCUGGUCCUGGUUGAAAGGGUUUCCGCUCCUCCCUCGUCAGGGCUCUCAAUCCACCCGCUUUUAAAGAUGCUGGGAUGUUAAAAGUGCAAUAUUUUGUGUAGGCGUCUGAUUGAACGUUUCCCAAGCUCUGUCGACGGAGGAAUCAUUACUGGAAUGGGAUUUUUAUUGAUUUCACUCUGUCAUUUAGACGUUAUAUCAAGUCAAACUUUUAUCAGCUUAGCCAAAAACAUUUUAUUCAUUUUUCUGAAAACAAAUCGUUUAUGUCGAGGAAAAAAGUCCAAUCUCCAACUGGUCCCGAUUAGGGAUGUUCCCUUCGACUUUGGCACCGGGGAUUUUGGUAUUAAUGGCGGUAUUUAACGAAGUUUCUGAGCUCACCAAUCGAUUCCUGAGGGUCGAAUCAGGUAAAAUGGAUGUUGUUUUCGAUCUAAAAGUCCAACACGACGCCAAAAAAUAUACUCUUUACGUAAUUUGCCCCUCAGGAAUCGAUUGGUGUGUUCAGAAUCUUUGUCAUAGACGGUCUUUAAAAAUACCAGAUUUUUUAUGUACGUGUAACCGAAAUUCUCGGCAUCGAAACAGCCAAAAUCGGGGGGCGUAACCGAGGAAAUACAAUAUGGGGGAGAACAUGGUGGUUCGCCGCUCAAAGGGGGCGUGGUGCGCUGCCAUAUUGUAUUCCCUCGGUUACGCCCCUCGAUUUUGGCUGUUUCAACGCUGAUCAUUGCAGUUUCACGCUCAUCACCCGAUCAAAGUAAACACAGUCAGGGAAUUUUGAGAUCAGACUUUUUCCGCGGCACGAACGAAAUUCGAAAAAACAUUGGUGCUGCUUAAAAUCGAUAAUAUCCCAUUCAAAGCCAACUCGAUGAUGUGAUAAUUAUUUGUAACUCUAUCGAAACAAUGGAGAAUGGCUCUCUUCCGACAAUUCACCCCAUGACAAAGUAAAAACGGGAAACCCCCUCGAUCCAGGCCUUGUCGCUGCGCCAGAAGGGAAGUUAGGACAAGUUGGCAUGCCUUAAUAACAUUAUUACUUAGCGUUGAUUAUAUAUUGAUGAAGUACAAUCGUUAGAGUACACUGUUGAAUUGCAAAGGAUCUGUUUGAGUUUCAUGUGAUUGGGUUGUGAUGUUGAGUGCAGUCGAAGGCUUGCUUAGCGAAACAGAAAAAGAAAAAGAAGGAACUGCGUCAGUUCUGAUCAGGCAUUUGAUUGAUGCAAAUGACAAACAAAAAAUGAAACACAUGCAGGAAGGAUUUAAGAGGAUGAGCUGUAUCGUGAGAUAUACGCACGCAAAUUUCGACGAUUCGGUUUUUUAAGUUGUUUCUUUUUGUAAGCUGGUCUGUGUUUUAGGUUUAAAGUUCGAGCACCUUGUAAAUUUUCUAUUAUCGGCAUAAUUUUACGGAAAAGUCGGUUCAAACUCCCUCGGUUCGUUGAUUUUCCGUCGCGCAGGGGAGCAACUUGAAGUUCAAAGGGUGGAUCGAUACAAAUUUUGCGUUCGAGUACGUUAAGUUGUAAGGCUCCGAUCGUUUGAUACCUGAACAACACACACUUUUAUCAGUGAACAGUACAAAGAUGUGCCGUGUUAGCAAAACUUGUGUUUUUUUUUGUUUCUUUCUUUUUGUCGUCGUGUCUUUUGCUUUAUUCUUCUCUAAUUAAUGUUACGAUUCCCUUAAGUUUUGCGAGUGGAUGAACUGAGAGUUGCUCAAACAGUUUACUUCUUUUAGAGCUGGAAUACUCGCCACCCCCUGUCCCGUGCCCCUCCCCGUCUUACCCCCCGAACAUCUGAUUUUAUUACGAUGAUAUAGAAUUAUUAUACCUAUCUAUAUAUGAUUUAACAAAAGAUUGAGAUUUAGUUCUAGACCGCAGGUCCAAAGGCUGAUAUUGUACUACUAUUUAAGGAGAAUGGGCCUGACCUGAUACCUCAUUGUGUCCCCCCUUGUUUUUUUUUGUAACUACUGCCAAGCCCGCCACGCAAUAUAUAUACCCCCACGCUCUUUGGUUAACGGACAUUAUUCGAGAGAUUCGUCAAACAAACAAACCAACUAACUCACUCACUCAACCGGGCAGCCGGGAUUUCUUCCAUGCGUCCAGAUUUACGAAAACCAAGCGGAAACAUCCCUGUCCAGCUAAAAAAUCAUUUUUCGCAGCACUUCCUGUCCGAGGACGGGGACUAGUGUGGGAAAAAACAAAAACGACCCCUGAAGUCUCCUCUUGAGUUAUUUUUAUUAAAUUUCUCCACCUCCCAGAGCUUAAGAGUCCUUUGGUCUUUUUUCAAAUAAAAUCACCUCCUGUCCGAGGACGGGGACUAGUGUGUUAAAAUCAAUAAUGCGAACUAAAUCGUGCUUUUAACUUGCUUUAUUGUAUUGAGGAAGGAGAUCCAAUGUGUUUUAACUUGUGCCCGUCAAGCGCGCUUUCAACAUAAAAACGUUGUGUUGAAAUUUUUAUGGUGGCAGCGACUAGUUUUCGGAAUAAUUAUCUUUUCCGUUCUGGCCUGUCAGCAGCCAUGUCAAUUUCCGUUUCACCGCUUUGGUUUUUAAUUUUUUAAUAUUAUUGUGAAAAUCAGGACGCAUUUUGGAAUUUCCCAGGUGCCGUGGUGGCCCCGCCCCGCUGCACACAAUCACAUUCUGCGAUCGAGACUGUGUUCCAAGACCUAACGACCAAAAAUAUACACUUUUGUUGAUCGAGUCGCGAGUUUCUCGAGGCAGUCUUGAGACGAAUUAAUUAAUUUGAGCGCGAAUUUAUGUAUACCUUCUAUGUUGAUAUUUUACUGAGUCACAGAGGACCGACCGGAAGGUAUCGAAGAGACAUAAUUAUGCUUACAAACAACAACAUUAUUUUAUUUCAGUGGCUAGUCAUAUUACAUUAUUUUCUAUGCUCCCGGUAGACCUCUUUUGUUUUGUUGGUUUUUCGCCACGCCAGACUGCUAAGUACCUUUUUAAUUAAUUUACAGUAAAUAAAUGCGCUCCGAUGAUUAAAUGUUCACUCAGCUCGACAGGAAUUUAUCAGCUGCCAAUACUUAAGUCAGUACAAACUCGUUUGUCGUCCGCAAUUUUCCCCCCUUUUGAGAAAAAAAAAGAUCAACCAUUUGCAACUUUUUUAAUACUUUCAAUUUUAACACCAUCAUUUUUUGCUUCUCGCGGUUCAGUUUAUGAAUUUAUUAUGAUAAUAAUAUUUUAUUACAAUUAUUAUUUCUACGAUAAUAUGUUUACUGUAUAGAUUUAUUUUAUUAAAUAUCGCGUAUACGGGUUUAGUACUUUAUACACAUACACGAUUCUUUUUCGUCUCUCUCAUCAAUGCAGGUGUCAUAAUUGUUUAGUUGUUACUUAAAAUAUACAUUAUUUCGUCCGCAACUCAGCACCUAUCCCCUCCCCUCCUCUCUCUCACUCAGUAUUAAAACAACAACAACACGCGAGUCGAAGUGUGCGAACGGAAAUUUCUCGUCUUUUUUUCCUUUCGGUUAAUUCUCUCCCACUAAUUGUAUGUAAAAAAGAAAUUCGCGCGCGAAUAGUUAAAGUUAGGAUUUAGCGGUACUUAAAAGAUAAAACGCGCGAGAGAACGGUGGGUUGUUAAUGGUUUAUAGAUUAGAAAUGAAGUUGCUUUGCCAGCCGCGAAAGAAGAUGAAGAAGAGAUUGUUAUUUGUUGGGACAUUCGAUGGAGGAACGAACUUCUUUCUGAAACAAUUAACAACUGUGAUACAACAACACGUGGUUUAGUUUUUUUCACCAGGCUUUGUAAAUUUCCGCUGAAAGCCCUGAUAGCGUUUGUAUGUCGUUCAUUCUGCCCCCACUCUAAACAUGUAAGAAGACAGGAAUUUCAAUCUGAUAAUUAUACGUGCAAUUAGUAAAAAAAGAGGAAAUGGAAAUUACUGUCACACACACUCGUUUUGUAUCAAAAUAAUGCAAUUGUAUAACUAUCUGUGCAAAAGUUCCGCCGAAUUGGCACUCUUUCACUUUUGUUACUUUAGAAAUGUGACGCACGGGGAUUUUUCUUGACAAACAAACCUAAAAACAUCCGGAAAAUUUUAAAACAAGGUGAAUUUUCUGUUAUGAAAGCGAGUUAUGCGCUGUUGAAAAGCGAUCUAUUUCACGCGGCGGAGGAUUAUGGACGUUCUGAUUGGCCGGCGGCGUUAUAUGCUCAUCCACAGUCCUCCGCGGCGCGAAAUAGAUCGCUUUUCGACAGCGCAUAGCUCGCUGACCACUAAACACUGGAAACUCGCCUCUGAGGGAAUGAAACUAAUGCGUUUUUUCACUGCAAUUGGUCGUAUUUAAAUUAAAAAUCCGUUGUUUUAAGGCGUUAAUGAGAGAAAAAUUCCCUGUGCAAAAGUGCUGUCGCUUGUGGGACCAGUCCUUGCUUCGGCAGAGCAACAGCAAUAAUUAAAAUAAACCAUACAAAUAUGAUUAUAUUAUUAUUAUAAUUAUCGUAAUGCGAAUACUUAAUUAAAAC